UCUAGUAGGAUUGAGGGAUUCAAAAAUAAUUGUACGCUUAUUCAUCCUUGUGUUAUUUCUUCUCUUCUCACUCUGUGUAAUUAUGUGCUGGAUAAUCCAAUCCAUGAUCUUUCUGCAACCUAUAUAUCAGAAACAAUCUCUCUAUCCCACAAAAAUAUAAGCAAGGUCUGAACAUAUCUUAUCCUCAUCAUACCUUACUUGUGGGGAUUACAGAAGGAACGUUGUUGUUGUACUUUUUUUCCUAGUGUUUCAAGAAAAUGAAGAAUGAACAACAACAUCAACUCUCUACUACAAAACUAUUCAGUAUUUCUCAAAGGUACCUCCAUAAUCUUGUGUCCUAUAUUAUUUUAUUUGGGUCUGGUUUAGUAAUUGGUAUAUCACUAUUUUUUUAUCUCCAAGAUCUACCCAACACUUUACAAAACAAAUUAUUUUUCCCCCAAAUAAUCCAACCAAACCCUCCCCCACCCCCUAGUACACCAAUACCCCCACCACCCCCACCCCCACCAUCACUUCCACAACCUCAACAACAAAUUCCUUUUGUUUUAGAUAAUGAGACCAAAAUUUUAGACCCUAGUAGAAUAGGGUUAAAAGAUUUUAUGGAGGCACCAAAAUUAAGUAAACAUGAUAUGAAAGAUGAAGAGUUAAUAGGGAGGGCUUCAAUGUUGCCACGUGUCCGUGCUUUGCCAUUUAAGAGUAAGCCAAAGAUUGCUUUUAUGUUUCUUGCAAGAGGAAGUUUACCAUUAGCUCCAUUAUGGGAAAGAUUUUUCCAAGGACAUGAAGGUCUUUAUUCUAUUUAUAUUCAUUCUCAACCAUCUUUUAAUGGAACUGCUCCACAAGAAGGACCUAUUUUUCAUGGUAGAAGAGUACCAAGUAAGAAAGUAGAAUGGGGAGAAUUUAACAUGGUGGAAGCAGAACGACGAUUACUAGCGAACGCAUUAUUAGACUUAUCAAAUGAGCGCUUCGUGCUCCUUUCAGAGUCAUGCAUUCCUCUAUACAACUUCACUACCAUCUACAACUAUAUCAUGAAGUCCAAGAAUACCUUCAUGGAGUCUUAUGACUUAUUAAGCCCCGUGGGACGAGGUCGUUACAACAAGAGAAUGAGACCAUGGGUCACCCUAGCCCAAUGGCGAAAGGGGUCCCAAUGGUUCGAGGUCGAUCGUGAGAUCGCGAUCGACAUAAUAUCGGAUCAAAAGUAUUCUCAUUUAUUCAAGAGAUUUUGUAGGCCAGCAUGUUACUCGGACGAACAUUAUUUGCCAACAUUUGUGACAAUGAAAUAUUGGUGGAAAAAUGAAAAUAGAACGUUGACUUGGGUUGAUUGGGCCAAAGGUGGGCCUCAUCCUACAAAAUUUAAUCGGCCCGAAGUGACAGAAGAUUUGCUUAAUGGGAUGAGAAAUGGGACCAAAUGUGAGUAUAAUGGGCGGCCCAGUAACAUGUGUUAUUUGUUUGCCAGGAAGUUUUUGCCUACCACUUUAGAUAGGCUUUUGAGGUUUAUGAAAUUCGGAUAA